UGCCCGGACGCGCCCGAGCGCUACUGCGCGCCCGCCGGGCUGUCAGCGCUCGCGCUCGUGGGCCUGGGCGUGGGCGCGGUCAAGGCCAACAUCACGCCCUUCGGCGCGGACCAGGUUAAAGAUCGAGGUCCAGAGGCCACGAGGAGGUUUUUCAACUGGUUUUACUGGAGCAUCAACCUGGGAGCCAUCGUCUCGCUGGGCGGCAUCGCCUACAUCCAGCAGAACGUGAGCUUCGUCACCGGCUACAUCAUCCCCACCGUCUGCAUCGGCGUGGCGUUCGUGGUCUUCCUCUGCGGCCAGACCUCCUUCGUCAGCAGGCCCCCCGACGGCAGCGCCUUCACCGACGUGGCCAAGGUCCUGGCGUACUCGUGCCGCCUGCAGCGGUGGCCCAGGGCCCGGCGGCCCAGCGGCCUCGUGGAAGAAUGGUGGUGGCUGCCGUCACACUCUGACCGGAAGGUCCUGGGCAGCUGUCUCAGUACCUCCGGCCGCGUUCAGGAGCCUCGGGGGCUGUGUUUGAUGUCUCGAGGAGGGCCCUUCCCGGAAGACAAAGUGGAAGACAUGAAAGCUCUUGUCAAGACUGUCCCUGUUUUCUUGGCUCUGAUACCUUACUGGACAGUGUAUUUCCAAAUGCAGACAACGUACGUUUUACAGAGUCUUCAUUUGAAGAUUCCAGAAAUUCCCAGUAUUGCAACCGCCCAUCAUACGUUUCCGGCGGCCUGGCUGACCAUGUUCGACGCCGUGCUCAUCCUGCUGUUGAUCCCCCUCAAAGACAAAGUGGUGGACCCCGUGCUGAGGCGGCACGGCCUGCUGCCCUCGUCCCUGAAGAGGAUCGCGGUCGGGAUGUUCUUUGUGAUGUGCUCGGCCUUCGCCGCAGGGAUUUUGGAAAGCAAAAGGCUGGACCUCGUUAAGGAGAAGACCAUCAACCAGACCAUCGGGAACGUGGUUUACUAUGCGGCCGACCUGCCCAUCUGGUGGCAGCUCCCCCAGUACGUGCUGAUCGGCGUCAGCGAGAUAUUCGCCAGCAUCGCGGGCCUGGAGUUCGCGUACGCGGCCGCCCCCAGGGCCAUGCAGAGCGCCGUCAUGGGCUUGUUCUUCUUCUUCUCCGGCGUCGGCUCGUUCGUGGGCUCCGGGCUGCUGGCGCUCGUGUCCCUCAAGGCCAUCGGCUGGAUGAGCAGCCACACGGACUUCGGCAACAUCAACGGCUGCCACCUGAACUACUACUUCUUCCUGUUGGCCGCCGUUCAGGGAGCCACCCUCCUGCUCUUCCUCAUCGUCUCCGUGAAGUACGACCAGCAGCGGGCCAGAGCCGGCGGCACACCGGCCCCCAGGAGGGACUGA